AUGUUUGGCCAGACUGCGAACGACUCGACACAACCGAUCAACAUCAGCUUUUCCAGGACGGGGUCCGUGUACCAAAAUUCACGCAUCCGCAGGGAAAGUAUAGCGCACUCUCAGGGAAUGGGGGGAAUAUCAUGGGGUUCGGUGACUAUUGGUUCCUGGCUCAAGGACGAGGUUAUGCUACAUGCGCACCAACAACAGAACACACAUAGCAACACCCUCUCGCCGUUUUUGGGGGCCAACCACUCGGUGAACACUCACAUGAUUACUAAUAAUUUCGACAACCUUAAUAGGACAGAUAGCCUGAGCAUGGCAUUUUCCCCCAGCAUAAACAAUACCUCCUACUUGGCUGAUCUGGAGGCCACCUACUGCAAGGACUACUCCUGCUGCGGCCAGCUGCUGCCCACGUUGCACGAUCUGCUCCGGCAUUAUGAGGAAAUGCACAUCCAGCCAGAACAGCCCUUGGAGACGCCAAGAGCGAGACCGGUGACCACGGCUAUGGACACGGUGAGCACGAACGAGGUGUUUUUGACGCCCAAGGGGUCGCAGGAUCCUACUGUGCGUACGCAGCAGAGCCAAGGCCACGGGGUCCCUGAUUCGCUAGCAACGUUUUCGUUUAACCAGCAGCCAAAUAACGACACGCAGUCCAGAUUGGGAUAUAAUAUACAAUACCAGCAGUCGCAACAGGACAUAUUGAACCACUCGCAAGGUUCCUUGACCCACAACGCCCUCCAACAACAGCACCCUACCUUGUUUCAGGACUACAAUAACCAGUUGUCCCAGAGACAACAGUCGCCGCUUUCCUCCCAACCAACGCCCCACUCUAAUCACGCGAACACCAUACCUCCGCGGGCAGGUUCUCCUCGUCAGUUUGCCAUGGACGAAGACGAGGACAUGGAGGAGGACAGCGAGGUGUGCAUAGACGAUCCUGCUAGACAUUUGUACGUGAUGGAGCAAGGCGAGAGCCGGCCAUUCAAGUGUCCAGUGAUAGGUUGUGAUAAGAACUACAAGAACCAGAACGGUCUCAAAUACCAUCGGCUGCACGGCCACCAAAACCAAACUCUCCGGGCCAAUCCCGACGGCACCUUUUCCGUUAUUGAUCCCGAGAGCGACGCUCCGUAUCCUGAUGGCAUGGGUAUGGAGAAGGACAAGCCGUACCGCUGCGAGGUGUGUGGUAAGAGAUACAAGAACUUGAAUGGUCUUAAAUAUCACCGUGGACAUUCGACGCAUUAG